AUAUAACGACCUUUUCCUCCCAAUGGAGUCUGUUGCCUCCAAUUCGUCAUCAUUUGACAACAGGCGGUUCAGGCCCAUCAAGCCCAUAGCAGACCGCAUAGUCAGAGCCCUCCGCCACCACCUCCGCCUCCUCCAUCGUUUAGAAUCUAAAUUCUUUGUCUUGGGUGCCACCGGAAACGUCUACACUGUCGCCUUAUCUUCCACCCCUUCAUGCACCUGCCCUGACCGCACAACACCAUGCAAACACAUUUUGUUCGUCUUUAUACGAGUAUUGGGUGUUUCUCUAGACGAUGCUUGUCUUCGGAGGAGGAAUCUCCGGCCAUGCCACGUCAACCGCCUUCUUGAGACGCCUACAGCGCCUGGAGUACUUGCUGGGGCUAGUGUUCGCGAGAGAUUUCAUCAGUUAUUCUUUCAAGCAAGGCAGGGCACUUCAAGACCAAACGUUGAGAUACAAGACGGUAUUACUUGCCCAGUUUGCCUGGAUGAGAUGAGAAGUGGGGAGAGAGUGGUAAGCUGUGGAACUUGUAGAAAUCCUAUUCAUGAAGAAUGCUUGCUGAGGUGGAAGAGGAGUCGGGGAAGAAGGCCAGCUAGUUGUGUGAUAUGUCGGGCGAGGUGGAGGGAUAGGGUGGAUCAGGAAAGGUACCUCAAUCUGGCUGCCUAUAUUAGCGAGGACAAUAUAGUUGAGGGAGGUGGGGGUCUCUGUGGUGGUUAAGUCUACUUGAUUGGUUCACCUUAAACAGAAGGAAAAUGAUAUUCCGCUUUGUAAAAAUACAUGCAUAGAACAAGAGAAAUGUUUAAUUUUA